CACCUAAUCACAUGGAAUGUGGGCGGUGCCAUGCCGCCAGAUGACAUCACUGCUCUGCUGGGGUUGCACAUUGGAGAUGGAAACACAGACAUGUAUAUAAUUGGGCUACAGGAAGUCAACUCAAUGAUCAACAAAAGGCUGAAAGACGUUCUCUUCACAGACCAAUGGAGCGACGCCUGCAUGGAGAGACUCAGCCCCUUCGGAUACAUACUGGUGACGUCCCAGCGGAUGCAGGGGGUGUUGCUGCUGGUCUUCGCUAAGUACUACCACCUCCCCUUCCUCCGAGGGGUGCAGACAGAGACCACCCGCACCGGCCUGGGGGGCUACUGGGGUAAUAAAGGGGGUGUGAGUGCCCGCAUGUCUGUGUUUGGUCACACCAUCUGUUUCUUGAACUGCCACUUGCCGGCCCACAUGGAGAACUCUGAGCAGCGGAUGGAGGACUUUGAGAGCAUCCUGCAGCAGCAGCAGUUUGAAGGCCAGGCUGCCACAGGGGUGCUGGACCACGAUGUGGUGUUCUGGUUUGGAGAUCUGAAUUUCCGCAUUGAUGAACUGGAAAUUCCGGCUGUGAAAGCAGCCAUUGAUAACAACAAACUCACCAUGCUGUGGGAGAAAGACCAGCUGAACAUGGCCAAAGACAGCGAGUCAGUGCUGGAGGGGUUUCUGGAGGGUCCUCUCAAAUUCCCCCCCACUUACAAGUUUGAUGUGGGGACAGAUACAUACGAUACAAGUGGGAAGAAGCGUAAGCCUGCGUGGACAGACAGGAUCCUGUGGCGUCUGAGGGCCACAGUUCCCUCUGGGCCGACCCCUAAUGCUGGGAAGAGAGGCUCUAUUUUAGGGCUGAGCAGCGGGACCAAGGUCACCCAGCACUUCUAUCGCAGUCACAUGGAGUACAUGGUCAGCGACCACAAGCCUGUCUCUUCCAUCUUCACCCUCCAGUUCCCCUAUAAGGUGGACAUGCCCCUGGUGACGAUCAUGGUGGAGGAUGAGUGGAACAGCAUUGCAGAUGCCACGUGCACAUUCAAGGCUGCACCUAAUUUCGCUCGCAGCUCCUGGGACUGGAUUGGGCUGUACAAGGUGGGAUUCAAACACCAUAAGGACUAUGUAGGCUAUGUGUGGGCCAAGCAGGAGGAGGCAGAUUACCAUAGAGUAGAACACGAGGUGACCUUUACUGAGGAAGAGUUGCCCAAGGGCUCAGGAGACUUCAUCUUGUGUUACUAUAGCAAUAACACGAGCACCCUCGUGGGUGUGACAGAGCCUUUCCAGAUCCAGCUCCCCACCUCCAGCCCUGCCGGUAGCCCCUCUGACGACAGCUCUGAUUUCACCUCUGAGGACGACAGCGUGGUUGGUAUGAAGACCAUGUCCCGCAGUCCCAGCCCCCGGAAAAAGAAACACAGAGCCCGACACAGCCAUAGCCGCAGUCCCAGCCACAGCCGUAGCCGCAGUGGCAGCCCUGUGCUGCCCGAAAUGAAGGGCCUCAAGCUGCAGCAUGGCUCGGCCCACAACACCACAGAUGGGGAGAAGUACAUGAUGCACUAUGUGAGUCUGGUCGAGGCUGAGGUCCUGAGUGUUCCAGUGGAGAAGCGCAGACAGGGAACAGAGCCCUCCAGACGGUUACUCAUGCACCUGAACACUGGCCUGAUCAAGAAAGACAUCAGCGAGAUGGACAGGAGGGCUGUCAGUCAGUCCCAGUUAGAUGGUGUACCUACAGGCCUCAGUCAGCUCCACUAUUGCCUGGGGGACGUAAAGGACAUCCAGAACUCCCUGGCAGACAUCAGCAAGGACUGGAAGCAAAGCAUCAACACUGUUGAAUCUUGA